GACUUGCAACUACAUAUCUGUCUUGCCUGAUCACAUUAUAAAGCAAAGCAAAGUCACUCCAGUAGCAUCCUUGGAAGCAACGGGAGCCACAGAGAACCUCAUAAGGGUUCUCUCACUUUUCUGCCUCUUGAUUUCCACAGAAGGUUAAACUGCUGCCUCUGACACCCAGCACGGCAGCAUGAUUUUGGAAAUGCUGAACCAAAUACACUGUAAAGUCACCAGCAUGAUGCCUGUAGUCCUGCCUGUUGCUGCCAUGCUAAUCCUGCUGCUCGUGGCCUUCCUCCUCUUCAUCUGGAACUGUGAGAGCGCAGCCUCAAUUCCAGGUCCUGGCUACUGUCUGGGAAUUGGGCCCCUCAUUUCCUAUGGCAGAUUCCUGUGGAUGGGGAUUGGCAGUGCCUGUGACUACUACAACAAGAUGUAUGGAGAAUUCGUGAGAGUCUGGAUAAAUGGAGAGGAAACUCUCAUUAUCAGCAAGUCCUCAAGCAUGUUCCACAUAAUGAAGCACAGUCACUACAUCUCCCGAUUUGGCAGCAAGCUCGGUUUACAACGCGUCGGGAUGUAUGAGAACGGAAUCAUAUUUAACAAUAACCCAGAUACCUGGAAAGCAGUUCGACCUUUCUUUAUGAAAGCUCUCACAGGCCCUGGCCUUGUGCGCAUGGUGGCAGUCUGUGCUGAGUCCAUCAUAAAACACCUGGACAACUUGGAGGAGGUCACCUACUCAUCAGGCAACAUGGACGUGCUGACCCUCAUGCGAUGCAUCAUGCUGGACACCACCAACACGCUCUACCUAGGGAUGCCCCUUGACGAAAUUGCCAUCGUGAGGAAAAUCCAGGGUUAUUUUGAUGCAUGGCAAACUCUCAUUAUCAAGCCAAACAUCUUCUUUAAGAUCUCUUGGCUCUACAAAAAGUAUGAAAAGCCUGUGAAGGAUCUGAAAGAUGCCAUCAAUAAUUUGGUAGAAGAAAAAAGACACAAGGUUUGCACAGCAGAGAAACUGGAAGAGUGUAUGGAUUUUUCCACGGAGCUGAUUUUUGCUGAGAAACGUGGAGAACUCACAAGAGAGAACGUGAACCAGUGCAUACUGGAGAUGCUCAUCGCAGCGCCUGACACCAUGUCUAUCACCGUGUACUUCAUGCUGUUUCUCAUUGCAGAGCACCCUAAGGUUGAAGAGGCAAUCAUGAAGGAAAUCCAGGCUGUUGUUGGAGAAAGAGACAUACAGAUUGAUGAUAUGCAGAAAUUAAAAGUGGUGGAAAACUUCAUCUAUGAGAGCAUGCGAUACCAGCCGGUGGUGGCCUUGGUCAUGCGCAAAGCCUUAGAAGAUGAUGUCAUUGACGGCUACCCAGUGAAAAAAGGAACUAACAUUAUCCUGAAUAUUGGAAGAAUGCAUAGACUGGAGUUUUUCCCUAAGCCCAAUGAAUUUACUCUUGAAAACUUUGAGAAGAAUGUUCCUUACAGGUAUUUUCAGCCCUUUGGCUUUGGGCCCCGUAGCUGUGCAGGAAAAUACAUAGCCAUGGCAAUGAUGAAAGUCGUCCUGGUGACAAUUCUGAAACGAUUCCAUGUGAAGACCUUGCAAGAAAGGUGUGUGGAAAGCAUGCAGAAAAUAAAUGACUUGGCCACACAUCCAAAUGAGAUGGAUAACCUGCCGAAAAUGAUUUUUACCCCAAGAAAUUCAAAGAAGUGACUCAAACACUAAGGAAGGCUGGUCGGUACCUAAUCUGCAAAAUAUGUCAUCAGUUCACAUAGGAACCAUCAUUGUUCAGGUAGUGUCAUCCUCAUAGUGAACACUCCAGGCCCAAGAUGUUACCUACACCUACCACCUAUGGCACGUCAGCAUGAUGAGAACCUUCCUUCAACCUUCUACCCUUGUCCAAACCAGAGAACCCAGGUGCAAGAGAAAGGAGUUUGUGGGAGAAGUGGUCAGUGAACACAACGCAGCACUAAAUGAUCAUCUCCACAACAUGUGCAACUACACAUGGGAAGGACAGGGCAUCAGCAAAACCUAUGCUGGAUCCCCACUGUGCUCAGCAAUGUCUGAGCAAUUGGGGCCAAACAUACCUGUUGGGGUGGAUAAAGGAAUUUCCACUUCUCUUUUAGUGGCCAGGAUGGCAACAACAAUCAUGUCCAUUGAAUACUCAGAAAUUCGGCAUUUGACUUUUACAGAGAGUUAUGCCAGUUACCACAUACAUGUCCACAUGUGAUCUUUCUGUGGUGAAAGUCAAGUCCCUUUAGUCUCUCAAUUCAUGCCUCAAACACUACCUACAAAAGUAGGUAUAGAUUUGGGUAACACAAGCAAACUUAGUGACAGCCAGAAAAAAA